UGUGAUGCUGCAGGGCAACUGCUGGCCCAGCAAUGUCUGUCUCAGGCCCCCUCCCUCGCAGUGUGUCACAACCGCGGAGGCGGCCGUAUCUGGAGCAGUUGGGGUGGGCAGGCCCAGCUGGGAGGCGAGCGGGCGAGGAGAGCUGCCACGAUGCGGGAAUGCAUAUCAGUCCACGUGGGUCAAGCUGGAGUUCAGAUUGGCAAUGCCUGCUGGGAGCUCUUCUGCUUGGAACAUGGCAUCCAGGCAGAUGGGACCUUUGGCACUCAAGCCAGCAAGGUCAACGAUGACGACUCCUUCACCACCUUCUUCAGUGAGACUGGCAAUGGCAAGCAUGUGCCCCGGGCUGUCAUGGUCGACCUGGAACCUACGGUAGUAGAUGAGGUGCGGGCAGGAACAUACCGCCAGCUCUUCCAUCCCGAGCAGCUGAUCACGGGGAAGGAGGAUGCGGCUAACAAUUAUGCCCGUGGGCACUAUACGGUGGGCAAGGAGAGUAUUGACCUGGUGCUGGACCGCAUCCGUAAACUGACAGAUGCCUGCUCGGGCUUGCAGGGCUUCCUCAUCUUCCACAGCUUUGGAGGCGGCACAGGAUCUGGCUUCACUUCUCUCUUGAUGGAACGCCUUUCCCUUGACUAUGGCAAGAAAUCCAAGCUAGAAUUUGCCAUCUACCCAGCACCACAGGUCUCCACUGCAGUGGUAGAGCCCUAUAACUCCAUUCUGACGACCCACACCACCCUGGAACACUCGGACUGUGCUUUCAUGGUGGACAACGAAGCCAUCUAUGAUAUCUGCCGCCGGAACCUGGACAUUGAGCGCCCCACCUACACCAACCUCAACCGCCUCAUCAGCCAGAUUGUGUCCUCAAUCACUGCCUCUCUCCGCUUCGAUGGAGCCCUCAAUGUGGACCUCACAGAGUUCCAAACCAACCUAGUACCCUAUCCCAGAAUCCAUUUCCCGCUGGUCACGUAUGCACCCAUCAUUUCUGCGGAGAAAGCCUACCAUGAGCAGCUGUCUGUGGCAGAGAUAACUAGUUCCUGCUUUGAGCCCAACAGCCAGAUGGUGAAGUGUGACCCACGUCACGGCAAAUACAUGGCCUGCUGUAUGCUCUACCGUGGGGAUGUGGUACCCAAGGACGUGAAUGUCGCCAUUGCUGCCAUCAAGACCAAGAGAACCAUCCAGUUUGUUGACUGGUGUCCCACAGGUUUCAAGGUGGGCAUCAACUACCAGCCCCCCACUGUUGUGCCAGGAGGGGACCUGGCUAAAGUCCAGCGAGCUGUGUGCAUGCUGAGCAACACCACAGCAAUUGCAGAGGCCUGGGCCCGCCUGGACCACAAAUUUGAUCUCAUGUACGCCAAGCGGGCCUUCGUACAUUGGUAUGUUGGAGAGGGAAUGGAGGAAGGAGAGUUUUCCGAGGCCAGGGAGGACCUGGCUGCGCUGGAGAAGGAUUAUGAAGAAGUGGGGACUGAUUCAUUUGAAGAAGAAAAUGAGGGGGAGGAAUUUUAAAUAUACACCUGCCCCAUGACUGCGUCUCAUUGUUUGUGUCGCUCCACUCUAACCAUGGUGGGUUCAUCUCCUAGCACUGUUCAACGACAAACAGACAGACAGACAGACAGACAGGGCAACAGCAGUUGAGCCUGCUCGCUCCCCCUUUCUCUUCUUAGUAUGCUGUGCUCAUGGUUGCAUAGAAAGGAAACCACAGAAAGUGAGAGACUGGCCUGUCGGCACCAGCCCAGUUCCUGUCCUACAUAGAUUAGGGCUCUUGACUCCAGCACAUGGGUCCCGAGCACACAGGGAACCCCCUCCCUCCCCUGGAAUGAGAAUAGCUUCAUUCCUAAAGAAUGAAGUUAAGGUGGACAAGUCACACACGCACAGGGUGGGUGGGGUAAGGAGGUACAUCAGGAAUCUUUACUCUAGGUGGGUUAGGCUGCUUACCUCUAAGACAGGGCCUGCUGGGGGAGGAAUGGGAAAACACCAGGAAACUCCCACUCUCAGAAGAUGCUGUGGAGAGAGCAAACAGGAACUUGUGAAAGGGAUCUGUGGCACAGCUCUGAGUUCACAUGGAUCCAUCAUGAUCCCCCUGGGGAGGGUAUCCCAAGACCCUCAUUAGGUGUUGACAGCCACCGAGAGUCCUGGCUCUGUAUGUAUGUUUGUACAUAUGUGUGUGUGUGUGUGUGUGUAUUUUAAUACUUACAUUAUGAAAUACAAUUUAUAUAUCAGCACAGUGAAAGAUUAACAGUCGCCAUCAAUGAAAUACAACAACUACAACAGAGCUCCAUAAUAAAAAUAAUUCAAAGACUUGGAGUGUAGUUCUGUGGUGAGCAGGUCCUUAGCCUGUGUGAAACCCUGGGUUCAUUUUCUCCCACUGUACUCAGACAGACAGACAGACAGACACAGAACAGAUGUGCCUGCUUGUUCCUGUUUUCUUAUCUGAGGAUGCUGUAUUUUCUCUUCUAUGGGAAAAGGAAACCACAGGAACAGAAAGUGAAAUCGUGGUGCCUACAGUCUGUCCUCGGCCCUAGGCACUGUCCUCAGAGCUAGAGAAUCAUGAAUGUGACAGCUUCCUGCCUUCCUGAAUACAUGUUUAGAUAAUGAGGUCACUUUAGAAGGCAUUUUGAGAUUUCAGAUAGCAGUGACAGUAUUUGGAGUGUCAUUGUGUCGUUGUGGAGCCCAGAGAGCACGAGUCCAGAGAUCCUGGGCUUACGGAGCAGCAAGUGUGGGUCUGAUGGCAAGAGAGGCGCUGGCUAGGAGGGUGGGAAGAUGGGCAGGUGCCGGGUCUGUCCAUCCUCAGCAUCAUGGAUGCUUACAUGUCUCCUAAGUGAAACACAAGCACUCGAAGGCUUGAAGACGGCUUCACUGUCCUGAGUUCCAGUGCUCCCAACAAUCUCAGGAUGAAGUUUUGGGUCACUCUGGAGGGGACACUGAGGUGUGCAGAGGCAACUGCUUGAGACUGUAAGGUUCCAACACCAGGCCUCUCGCCACUGUUUCUGACUCUCGUGCUUCUGGGUUCCUCAUGAAACAGCACACAGCAGAAACAAGUCUGCCAUUUGCCAAGGAGAGGAUGGGGGCACAGUGCCUCCCUCAGCCAACACUCAGGAUUUCAGGCGAUCGGAAGGCUGUUAUUGUUUAGUUACCCCUAAGAUUUCCAGGGUCAAGCCCCUUGUGCUAUGGGUCCUUGUGUAUCAAGUGCAUAGCUCUUCAAGUGUGUUCCCAGAAACUUUCUAGUCUAUUGCUUGGGGGCCCUGAGAGAAGUAGAAUGUCCUUGUCCAAGAAAAGGAAGGCUAGGCAAGGUGUGUAACAACCUGCUUUCUGGCCCUUCUGUGCAGGAGAUCAUGGUGCUAAGAAAGCAAGUCCAGGACUCGCUUAGGAGAUGGAGGAGUGUUGUUUUAGAACUGGAGACUAGUGUCCCUAUGUGAGGGUGGCUAGGGAAGCAAGUGGCUAGGGCCGGUAGCUCCUAGCCUAUCACAGCUUGAGGCUUCUUAGGAAGGUGAAGUAGAGAGCUGGAGAGAGGGCUCAGUGGUUAAGAAUACUCCCUGCUCUUCUAGGGAACCCGAGUUUGGUUCCCAGUACCCACUCCAACAGCUCACAGUCUGUAACUUCAUUCCCAGAAUAGAUGACAUGCUCUUUUGGCACCUGUAUGCAUGAUAUGCGCACACAUACACACAACACAAAGCACACAUAUGUAUUUGGGAUUUAUUAGAAUAGCUUACAGGCUGUUACCCAGAUAACCCAACAAUGAUUGUCUAUGAGUAUAAGGUCCAAGAAUGCAGUAGCUGUUUGGUCACAAGGCUAGAUGUCUCAGCUGGUUUUCGGUAUACACCAGAAUCCCCAAGAAGUAGGCUUAAUGCCAUAGGCUGCCAACAGAAGGUAUGACCUAGAUUAAAGGUGGAUCUUCCUCAAAAGACCCAGAUUAAAAGUGGGUCUUUCCAUAUAGCAAAGAAAACCAGCCUACAAUUCACAGUCCCAGAGAACCUAGACAACAAAAAGAACCCUAAGAGAGACAUACAUGGAUCUAAUCUACAUGGGAAGGAGAAAAAGACAAGAUCUCCUGAGUAAAUUGGGAGCAUGGGGACCAUGGGAGAGGGUAGAAGAGGAGUGGGGAGGAAGGGAGGAGAACGGAGAAAAAUAUAUAGCUCAAUAAAAACAAUAAAAACAUUUCAAAAAUUACUCUAUCAAUUCAGACAAGUUAAAAAAAAUGUGGGUCUACCUACUUCAAAUGAUUUAGUUAAGAAAAAACCCCUCUCACAACUGUACCCAGCCUUGUGGGUUUUAGUUAAUUAUAGACCUAAUCAAGCUGACAAGAAUGGGCAUUAGGUUCCCAUAGUCUGGCUUGCCUCUCAUGCAAUCUAACAGGAUUGCCAUCUCUCCCCUGUCCUGUCCUCUCCCCUCUUCUCUCCUUUUCCCCCCGCUCUGCCUCCUUCCUGUUUCUCUCUGUGUUGCAAGACCUAACUCCCCACACUAAGAAAUAACAUAAAACAAACCGCCCCAGCACAGUAGUGUAAGUCCAGGAUGGUAGGCACCUGGACCUUCUACAUCCAGCAAUUUGGCUCACGCUGAAAGUAUUGACUAGAGCAAUUGGAUAAGGAAACACCAGAGAAUACUCUCUAUAGAUGGUGUAACGGAACAACCGAUAGAGUACUAUGUAAUCAAUGGGAACCAGAAGGGCUGUGAAAUUUGUGUAUAUUAUUGUUUAUGGAUUCCUAUUUGAUGCUUUGUGUCUCUAUGUCUUUAGUAUUAAUUUCUUUUCAUUCUCCAUAUUGGAAAUUUAUGUCUUCUCUGUUUCUUUGUUAGUCAUGCCUGUUGGAGAUUUUUUUUUAAAAAAAGAAUAGACUUCCUGUUUUAUUAUUUUUCACUGUUGUGUGUUUUUCCAAUUUCAUUUACCUAUGCCCAUACUUUUAAUAUUUAUUCAUUCGUUGCUAUAAAUCUCUACCUAGCUUAGACCUCCCUGUAUAGACCAGGCUGGCCUUGAAGUUGUGGUGAUCCUCCUGCCUCUGCCUCUUGCAUGCUGGAUUCAAUGGCAUGCACCACCAUGCCUGGCUUAAUUUCUGUUAGUGGAAUCUUAAAUAAUUAAGACUUAGUUUUUCCCCUAAUAUGAACACUUGGUGCUGUACAGUCAUUCAUAGCAGUAGCUGUGCUCCGUGUGUGCUGGAUCUCACAAGUUUCAUCUUAGGAAAUAUUACGUGCACUUGCACAGAACACGUGUUGCUGGAUAAGGUGUUCAGUAAGAAUCAGUUAGACUGGGGCUAGCGAGGUAGAUGGCUCAGAGGUGAAGAGCAGUCACUGCUCCCGAGGUCCUGAGUUCAAUUCCCAGCAGCCACAUGGUGGCUCACAACCAUCUGUAAUGAGAUCUGAUGCCCUCUUCUGGUGUGCAGGCAGAACACUGUAUACAUAAUGAAUAAAUCUUUAAAAAAAUCAGUUAGAUCCCAUUGGCGCUGAGUUAUUUUGUUGUUCUUGCUGAUUUUCUGUAUAGCUGUUCUGUUGAUCAUCGAGAUUUCUCCUAGUAGAUAAAUUUUUGCCUCACGUAUCUGGAAUCUAAAUGUCUGUUCUGUUGGUAAGGGUAAUGUCCUUUUCUUUUCUCUUCUCUUCUCUUCUCUUCUCUUCUCUUCUCUUCUCUUCUCUUCUCUUCUCUUCUCUUCUCUUCUCUCUCUCUCUCUUUCUUUUUUUCUUUCUUCAAUUUUAGCCACUCUGAAACCUUUAUGAUAUCAAAUGUAGCCCCUGAUCAUUAUUUGUGUUUGAUGUUUGCAUGGUAAAUCAUUUCCUCCACCUGUGGGGAGAGAUGAAAUCCUUAGCGGAUGUGUGUUGUUGACGGUGAGCAUGGCCCUGUCAAGGAUGCCAAAACAUCAGACCCAUGGGAACAGCAAGGCCUUCCCCAGGUUUGAGUACAGAUGUUGGCAGUGCGUGCACGGAGUACGACCACAGCUUCCUGUACAGACCAUGGCUUCCUCUCCCAGGUUGGGGUACCUGCAAUGGGAGACUGCUCCCCUACAGAGAUCCUCUACCAGGAAUAGCUCACCUGCCCCCUCCUUCCUGCUGUGUAGAAGACCAUCUGAGUUUCCGGCUGCUGUGUCUCCAUUGGAGUGCACUGCUCUCAGGACCCCAGUUUUUCUGCACGUGUGUCUGUUAUAUCUUCAUUUCCCGUUACCUCAACUAGGUCAAAUCCAAAACUGUGCAGGUCUUGGCUCCCACCUAAAUUACUGUCUUAUUCCUGUGACCAAAAUACCCGGCAGAAACAGUUUGACGAAAGAAAGACCUGCUCUGGUUCCUGGUUCCAGAAGAGUUCGGCUCAUGGCAGCAGUGGAGUGUGAUGGCCGUGUGUCACGUCACAGUGGACCAGGGAACAGAACAAUCUGCAGCCAGAGGUCACGUUUUAAAUGCCCACUACUUCUACUAGCUAGCCUCCUCUUCCUAAAGGUUCCACAGCACUCAGAACGUGAGCUUGUGGAAGCUAUUUCAGAGUCAAAUCAUAACACAACCUAUUCCGUGUGUAUAUGCAUUGUUUUUAACUCUUACGAACAGGGGUAUAGUAAUUAUAAAACCACUAGGUUUCAUAAUUGUGGCCAUUUUAGACAGGCAUGUAGCAACCUUAAUUUUUGCCCUUAUUUCUCCCAGUUUUCUUUCCAUUUCCCUGCAGACUUUCAUGCCAUCUUUAUCAUUUUCUCUAGAUUGCACUCAUGAGAGAAUCUGUGUGAUAUUUAUCUUUGUGAGGAUAUCUUAUUUUGUUCAACAUGAUGCUUUCCAGUGCCAUCCAUUUUCCUGUAAAUGAUACAUUUGUUCUUCAUUAUAGCUAACACGCCACUGUGUACAUGUUUACAUUUUCCUUAUUCUUUCAUAUGUUGCUGGGCACCCAGGCUUAUUCUACAUCUUGGUUGUAGUGAAUAAUGCUGAAAUAAACAAGGGUACAGAA